AUGACUCGCCCGACCAAGACGCUCAAGGCAAAGACACCCAAGAAAAAAGACCUUCAGGAACAAGUCCGGCUCCUCCAAGAAGCCAUGCAUGGAACUGUCGGCGUUGAAGCCGCCGCGUGUGCAGAUCAGGUAGUUCAAGUCACGUUGCCACCGACCUUUUACAGUGAUGAUAUGGUGGUUACUUUGCUCGAGCUCCGACAACGCUGUCACAACAACGUCGUUGAGAACAAGGAGUACGACAUCCGUGCCAAGUACAAGGCUAUUCGCAUCAAGGAAGCAGCGACGGGGAACGACUCCGACAUCCCAAUCGACUAUCCCGUUUACUGGGUUGACAUGGUUGCAGCGUUUGGGGAUAUGUGA